AUGUCAGAUAAGGUUUCGAACGCUGUUCAAAAAUUAUGGACAUCGUAUUCAAAGAAUACACCACAAAGUCUUCAACUUAUUGAUGCUUAUUUAGUUUUUAUUCUCUUUUCUGGUGUUAUCCAAUUUGUGCAUUGUGUGCUUGUUGGAACCUACCCAUACAAUGCUUUUUUAGCAGGAUUUAUUUCUACUGUUGGCUCAUUUGUGUUGGCAG